AUGGUUUUACUUGGUUCAGUGCUCUUUGGCAUACAGGCGCUUCGCUUCUGGGCUGCCUCUCCUCCUGCCAGGGAAGCACAAGCUGCAUUGCUUUCCCUCACCUGUGAUGACACUGCUGCAGAGAAGGCUGCAGAUCUGGCUCUUUGCCAGAUCAAUGCUGAUGGAAAUGAGGGCUACAUACUCAGCCUGUACUGAAUUUUCAGUGUCCAAGAACAUCCUCAGGAGAUCACUGUUUCUGUCUUCUAUCUCAUCUUGGAUGUAGUAGAUACCGAAUGCCAUGUAUUCAGCAAAAAGUUGUGGAAAAAUUAUACGGCCAGAUUUGAUCAUACAACUGUUUAUGGUCAAUGCAAAGCAAUUAUUUACAUUAAUCAGGCAAGAAAUUUUGCUCAUCUUAAUACUUAUGAGUGCAUUUUACAACCAGUUCCACCCAGAUAUAUUUGGACAGUAUGUUCUGACUGCCCAGUUGAUGACAAUCCAACUGAGCCCAAAUAUUUGGAAGCUUUUGUUCAAGCCAAGUUUAACGUAAAGAGUGAAGAAACUCAUUAUUUCUCUGCCCUCAAUGUCACAAGAGCUUCAAUGCAGUGAGUUGAAGGUCCUGCAUAUUUUGUAGAAUUUUUAAUUCAGGAAACAUCUUGCUCCAAAAAUGACACGACUGCUGACAUCUCCAAGUGCAAGCCACUUUCAUCAGAACUAGCUCAAACAGGCUUCUGCAAAGGCUCUGUAGUAAACAGUCACUUGGAACAGGAACGGUUUGUCACAAUAUCCUGUGAAAUCUACCAUCUGCAGGAUCCUGCCAGAAGAGGGAAACAGCAAGCUAAUCAGACACCUGUAAAAUCCAGCCAGAAUCAUCAACAAGAUUUCUCUUCAGAAACUGAUCCUUUCUCCCCACACCUAGAAAAGACAGUGGGCUGGGUUAAGAUUCUAUCAUCUUCAACUGAGGAGGUCUCUUUCAAAAAUCUACCAAAAAGUCAAAAUAAACAUAAAGAUGGAAAGCGAGUUCCACCUGAGGCUGUAGGACAUAUGCCCAGUCUCGAUGGAGAAAAGACUCAAGCAGACAAACCAGACAUGACAAAAUCAGUUACAGGACCAGUUAUUCUCCCUUUUCCUGAAGAAGUUUCUCUGUCAGACUCAUGCCCAGGAGAAGCAAGGAAGAUAAAUUCCUUCCUCCAGCCUUUGUUGCCUCAAAAGCCUACCAAAGUCUAGCCAGCAUUCAAUCACCUCAACUACCUGCAACAAAAUAAUAGCCACAUUGCCAACCUGGUCUUUCAAUUUGUGUAACAUCUUUAAAUAAAUAAAUUGCUUAUUAUAGUCUUCAUCUUUGGAAUUCUCAGGUUUAAGAAAGCACAAGAAUAAAUUAGAAAAAGAAAUUUAACUGGUGCUUUUUCCAACAAAAGUAUUUGGCUUUUAAUUCUCAAAUUCCUCUUCUCAGUAAGAGCAUGAAUUAAAGUUAACCGAGGAGGGUAAAAGAACUUGUAGGGCUCAGACAGCCCAAAGGCAUCAGAAAAUAACAUCCUCAGUAGCAAAAAUCUGUCAAAGCACAGUGUGGGACUACUGCUCCCCAAGAGAUAGUGAGAUGGAGUUGAGCAUGAUAACCAGGCUGGCAGGGCAGGAGCCUUUCCCAUAGAACCUAAGCGAGGUAAACAGGGCAGACCCAGGGAUGGUAGACAGGUUAUGGGAAAAGGCCAGAUCACCACGUAAGUUCAUGCGAAAUGAUGCAAGUCUGAGGUCAAACCAGAAAUAUGAGUUAGUGCCUUAUUGUCAGGAUCAGGUCUGGUUAUGGUAACCAGAGUCAGACACAGCCCAGUGGUCUCCAAACAAGUCCAUGGUGAUAAGACAAGGGUCUGCCCAGAAAGACAGGCUGCAGGACUGAAUCUGGAUCAAUAAUAUCCAUGGCCAGGCACAGGCACAGCUGCAAUGCAGCAGGAGCUGUAUAGCACAGGCAGCAGCCAAAACGCUGCAGCCUGAGCUUAGCAGCUCCUGUGCGAAGUGGGACUGCGUGGGCUCUCGGUGUGGCCUCCCCACAGCACUGCCUGGGACCGUGUCCCCAAGGUCACCAAGGGAAAGGGGAACAGCCUUAGACAUACUAUUGCUGAGUUGGCCCUGAGACCUGGUGCCCAAGCAUCCAGAAAAAGGGAUGAUCUCAGGGCCCUCACAGAGUCAUAUCUGAUAUAACGGGUGUGACUCUGUAUAAACAGGCGAAGAGAACUUCAACACUGUUUAGCAUUAAAAGCUAGUGGGGUUUUGUUAUUUUAUGGGUUAACUUCUUAAUUGUAAUGCAAUGAGCUUAGCCCUUUUUUUUUUUUUUUAUUUCCUGUGGAAGAUCUUAAGAAAGAUUAUUCCUUCCUAAGGCUUUAUAACUUCACUUAAAGACAGUGGAAAAGACUACCCACAUGUGAAACCUCUGCACAUAAUUCUCACUGGUGUAGAAUCAAGCCCAGGCUCUCCAUAUUCUUAUAUUUUACUAACCCUGCUGUGCAGGAAAAAUGAUGGUUCACAAAAUCAGCCUAAUGCUUUCUUGAGGUAGGUCAUAUUAACUGCUGUAUAAUAAAAACCACAGGGACACUCUACAGCCUGUAGCUAAGAAAAAUCAAUUUCACUAAAGCGAGACGUAGCAACUGUACUGACAAUAACAAAUAUAAAUAAAUGAGAAGACAAGAAGA